CUUCAAGUGGACGUCAAUAUUGUCACGGUCAUUAAUAUCGAGGCAGUUUAUUUCAGUCUGUGGUCCGUGGUCAUAAAGGAAUACUCGAAAUCCCAGGCGUGGUGGGCCAUACACUCUCUAAGUUUGCGACACCAUGGACACUGAUCCAAGUUCCAAUCUGCCGAAGACACAGCGAGCUUGGAGAUCUGUGAAGCGAGGGAAACCUUCCGAAUCCCUUGUUUUUCAGACGGACGUGGCUGUUCCUCCCCUUUCACCUGGGGAAGUGCUUGUGAAGGUUCAGGCGGCUGCUCUCAAUCCGGUAGGAUGGAAGAUCAUGUCGACCGCGCCUAACAUCCUUGCCAGAAGGCCAAUCACGCCAGAAUGUGAUUUCGCCGGUGUGGUCGCGGAUGCGAACGGCACCGAGUUCUCCGCAGGAGACGAGGUUAUCGGUUUCAUAUCGAUCUCACUGCAGUUGAAGACAGGGCAGGGGGCGCUGACAGAGUACACAAAGCUUCCUGCUGCCAAUUUAGUCUUGAAGCCGUCAAAUGUCUCUGCUAUUGAGGCUUGCGGUCUUCCUUUAGCUGGGGAGACUGCUUUGCAGGCCCUUCUUGACAUUGGAAAGCUUCAAGCUGGCCAGAGUGUAUUUGUCAAUGGCGGCAGUUCAGCAGUUGGCAUGAAUGCCAUCUAUAUUGCAAAAGCUCUUGGGGCCAAGGUUGUUACUAGUGCUUCUUCAAGAAAUGAGGAAUUUUGUCGUAAAAUGGGGGCAGAUGAAUUUAUCGAUUAUACGAGUAAACCUCUCCACGAGCACUUUGUGGAUAAUCCGCCCUCGCCUAAAUUUGAUAUCGUAUUCGACGCUGUUGCCUUGGUUGACCCCGCUCUUUACAAGUAUUCAAAUGCCUACAUAAAGCCAAAAGGUGUAUUCAUAUCAACAGGACCGUGGCCAGACUUGAAGUCGUGGAGGGGAUCUACCGGCAUCGCAAAAUUAAUUUCUCUGGGUUGCGAAAUACUUAGGCCAUCGUUCCUCGGUGGCGUCAAUACAAAGUGGACCAUGGUAAGCGUAACUCACAAACCACAGGAUCUUGCAAAGCUGCGGGAUUUGGUGGCCGAAGGCAAGCUCAAACUGGUGGUCGACUCCGUUUACGGAUUCGAGGAUGUUCUCAGUGCUUACGAGCGCAUCAUGACUUCACGAGCCACCGGCAAAGUUGUAGUCAAAGUAGAUGACAGCGUUGUCUGAGUACUGAUAUACAGAUUCGCUUCGUUACCUCGUGCAAAUUGAAAACGUAUUGCUACUGGUAAUGUGAUUCCUACCUUGAGAUGGAUAUCGAAUCGGGAUCGUGAAGAGACGGAAGAAGUUGAUCACCCUGAUGCCAUCUAGUUUCGACGAGCUCACCAUAUUAUGGCUAUACUGUAGAUCAAUUUGCAGCGUUACUUUAGGC